AUGCCUGCAAAGCAGUUGUGCUUUACCAAAUCUACCAAGGAAAUGGCAAAUCAUCUUAGACCAUUGUUCAUCAUUGAAAAUUUUGGUGGGAUUCCUAUAACUAAAGUAAUGGUAGAUGGAGGCGCAACCAUCAAUCUGCUACCUCACAGACCCUUGGCUAAGAUGGGCAGAACUGAAAAAUACCUAAUCCCAACGCGUCUUACAGUCACCAAUUUUGUUGGGGGCAUCACUAAGACCUAUGGGAUACUGGAUGUGGAUGUCAUAGUAAGAACCAAGAAGCUAAAGAUUGCUUUCUUUAUGGUAGACACCACUUCUACCACUUACAAUGCAUUGCUCAGCAGGAACUGGAUCCACCAGAGCCUAUGUGUUCCUUCCACCCUACACCAACACUUAGCCCUCUGGAACGAAGAGGGUUUUAUGGAGAUAGUAGAGGCCGAUCCAUGGCCAUUUCUACCAUCUACAAAGUGUUUCGAGACCAGGUAUUAUCAUGAUGACUUUGGUCCUUUUACUUUCCUUGCAGUCAAUCAGAACAGCCGCCCCCAUGGUGUCACGGCCCAGAGGCUCAUUGAAGAGGGUCUAGCUAGUUCUCUAGAGGAUUGGAAUGGGCCUUCUGUCCUAAACCUCCAAAAUUCUGAUGUUUAG